CGAUGCUCUCCGCGCUCGGUUCCUGCCGCCCGCGCUGGCGCCCCCUGUCAUGGCGGCGCCCAGGGAGGAGACACGUGGCCUGUUCGGCCAGGGGGUCCGGGCGGUGCUGGGCAGCUGGGCCGCGCUGCAGAUCGCGGUGGAACAUGGCUUCGGCGGCGCCCACGGUCGGGAGAAGGCCGAGUGGAUGGUGGGCGCGGUGGAGCAGUAUUUCCACAGCAACGCGGCCCUGGAGCCGGAUGAGGUGGAGGAUUUCCUCGCUGAGGUGCUGAACAACGAAUUCGACACCAUCAUUGAGGAUGGCAGCUUGGCUGAGGUGAGCCAGCAGCUCCAGUCGCUCUUCGCUCGCUGCCAGCGUGGCGAGGGGCCGGCCCUGACGGAAGCCAUCGCCCGGCUCACACGGCGGCAGCAGGAGGUGGGCAGGGCAGCCACCCAGGCCCGACUCGCUGAGGGGACCAGCAGCGAGGAGGAGGAGGAGGAGGAAGAAGAGGAGAGGCCGGAGGAGGUGAUGGACUGCAGCAGCCCCGGGCCCCCCCCGGACCCUCCCCCGGCAGAGGACGGCUGGACAGUCGUACGGAAGAAAAAGAAAUGAGGGGGGGCCCCCCCCCCAUGGCACGAGGGGGCUUCGUGGCAGGGGAAUAAACCUGGUGUAGCCACAAUGUGUUGCUAUGGCAACAGUUGGGGGGGAAUCCCCGGAGCGGAGGAGAGUGUUAGACUGGUGGGGGGGAGAAGCCAGCGCCUCCCAGAGGGGAUGUGCCCCAUUCCCUGCCCCCCCUGAGCCAGCCAGUCCCCGCCCUAGGGCCGGAUGGGAGGGGACACCCCCCCCAUUCCCUGCCCCGAGCCAGCCAGUCCCUGCCCUAGGGCCGGAUGGGAGGGGACACCCCCCCCAUUCCCUGCCCCCCUGAGCCAGCCAGUCCCCGCCCUAGGGCCGGAUGGGAGGGGACACCCCCCCAUUCCCUGCCCCCCUGAGCCAGCCAGUCCCCGCCCUAGGGCCGGAUGGGAGGGGACACCCCCCAUUCCCUGCCCCCCUGAGCCAGCCAGUCCCCGCCCU